CCCGUGCCUUUAUGGAGUGAUUCGAUGUUUCGUCAAGGUAAAUACAAAGCGUGGAAAACCUUCAAGGAGAUUCGCCCCUGAAUCUGAGGACAAUGAAAACUGCUCAAAAGGAUUCCGUCUCUUAUCGAGUCCGAGUCGUUUCCCACACUCUCAUCGGUAUUCGAAUCCUUUAGACUAUCUCGUUUCCUAAUACUUCGCUAGAUAUGAGUGAUGAGUCCGAGGAUGACUACGAUCAACUCCGGCGACUUGACAUGCCGCUAAUCAGCACCCAGACCACUACUCUAAACACUUAUGGGAUACGGCCAGGAGGACAGCCAGCGUCGCUCACCGCUGUAAAUGUUCCAGGCACGACCGAUUUCGUGUUAGGGAUCGAUACUUGCGGUUUUACCACUGCUAGCACGGUCACUUGCAACUUUGGAUACGAGUGUACCAAUGUAGGAGGAUAUCGUGGUUGUUGCUUGCCUGGCGCUGGCGACUGUGCCUCUACAAUCUAUACAGACUGUGUCGACCAUGAUGAUAUUUCCAAUACGGCGGAAUGUGAAUCCCAAACAUUAUGUUGCCCCAGCUCACGUCCAUCCUGCUAUACUUAUUGGUUCGAUGACGACAGCGGCCCUCAGGACACAUUCAAACUCAUCGAUUGCCAGACAUUACGGGGAUUUGGGAUUUUAUACCCCUUUCCGCCAGAAAUGACUAUGACGUCGGAUACAUCGACAGUAUCAACACAAUACUCCGAGCCUACUAACUCGGAACAAGCCACAGCAGGGUCCGAAAGCGACUCUUCGACACCCGCGGGCACUAUAGCAGGCGCCGUAGUCGGCUCCGUCGCUUUUGUUAUCAUCUUGGUUAUAGUCGCCAUUCUCAUAAUCUGCCGACGUCGGUCUAAUAAGGCCGCUGCUACCGGUCCACCGGUCCCCAUGAAGAGUGCAGGGAGUUCGAUAGACACCGUGCCGACACUAGAAAAACAGCAGAGGCAGACAGCAGCAGCAGCAGCUAAACCAUCUCGGAGAAGCUUUCUUCGACCCCUCUCCAUGAUCCGGGAACACCCCCUCGCCAUCCCCAACCCCAACCCCACCCCUACACCAGCCUCCGGCAUCAGGCGCCACAAAUCCGCCGCGGCGCACCACAGCCCGCGGUCAAACUGGCCGCUCGGCCACCCGGGUAACCCGCUAGGCUCGCACCCGGUCGACGCGAACCUGCGGAAACGGCUGAGCGACAGCCGGCUCGGGACGGUGGGAAGUCUCCCUGGGGAGAGGGAUAUUGUUGCGGAACGCGGACACGAUACGCUUCGCGUGCCUGUUCUACAGUUCCCUCCUCCUCCUCCACCGCCACCCCCGCCGCCGGGAACUAGAUCCGUUUCGCCGCUUAAACCGACGCGUGGUGAUGAUGAUGAUGGUGAUUAUAAGGGAACGGGCGGCGGCGCCGUGACGCCUACCAGCGCCGCGGCCGCGGCCGCGCUCAAGAGUCCCCGGCUGCAGCACGCGCCCGUGUCGCCGAUCAUGAGCCGGGUUCUGGACGGGAUCGGGCCGCGCCGAGCCGCAAGCCAAGGUUCGACAUCCGCGUCCGUUUCAGCACCAUUUUCAGGUGCGAGACGCACCAGCACCGGCGGCGGCGCGAAUGCGGAGCCCGUGUCGCCGAUCGGAAGCGACGGGCGAGGAGAAGGGGAGGAGGGGUUGGAGUAUUUGCCGCGGGUUAGUUACAUGUCGACGUCGACGUUUGCGACUACGCGCGACAAAGCUUCGCGGCGUGACGAGCUGGUUUCGCCUAUAGGGGUGGAUGAGGCGGUGAGUGAUACGGAGGAGCUGGAGAGUCUGGUGACGGUUAGUCCGUUGGAGAGUCGGCGGGGGAGUAUGGAUUCGUAAAUGUGAUGUUGGUCAAUUUGGUGUUGAUAUGCAUUUUACUACUAUAGACGAUUGUCAUUUUUGCUUAUACAUAUAGCUAUUCGAUUGGGAUACAGACGGUAGCGUUUGUGUAAUUAGUGUGUCAUCUCGAGUACCAUUCAUGGUUACGUGUCAUUUAUGUAUAAGUCUAUUCCAUCGGGUUCCUUCUAUUGAUGCUGUAGAACAUCGGGUUACUGAACCACGUGCUUUUAGGGCUGUGAAGUACAUAGCAUUUGCUCCGAGUUGGGGUAUGGCAUGAUGAUGUAUGAGAUACCCGACCUCUAGGAGGACUAUGCUAUUAGUCAUUUUUGUCAACGCACACAAAUGUAAGAAAGACGGCGUCAUGAACAAUAUCGUUCUGUCAAGGAAAAGUGUGUUGCUAUUUGGAUGCUUCACCGUUAGCGACGAUACCAAGAGAGUGAAGUCAUUACAUGACGUCCAUAAAAAGGGGGAGAAUCUGGUGACGAAACUCUUGGGCUGUGCUGGUUGUCCAGCUCACCAACUGACAGCGGUCGAUCAAAUGCUACGUCGGGAGCUAUUUACGAAAUCACCCAAUUAGAAGUUCUUAAUUAUCUCUAUCGGCGCACUCUAGCACGCCUAGGCAAUCUCUUGGCCUUUUAAAUACGAGUCUUACCCGUCGUCAUCCCCAACUUGGC